AGUACAACGCGCGACUCCAUACAACAAUACAAACAAAGCUGUAACGUACUGUAAAAGUAAGAUAUGGAGGCCGCCGGCGGCGGCGGCGAGGUUCACAAGGCUAGCAACGACAAGGAGGAGCAUUUCGUGCUCGUGCACGGCGCCGGCCACGGCGCCUGGUGCUGGUUCAAGCUGGCGUGCCUGCUCCGGGGCUCCGGCCGCCACCGCGUCUCCUGCGUCGACCUCGCCGGGGCCGCCGGCAGCCUCGUCGACCCGGACGACGUCCGCUCGUUCGACGAGUACGACGCGCCGCUCCUCGACUUGAUGGCCGCCUUGCCGGACGACGGCCGCAAGGUGGUUCUGGUAGGGCAUAGCGCAGGAGGACUGAGCGUCACCCACGCGAUGCAUCUGUUCAGAGACAAGAUCAAGCAGGCCAUCUUCGUAGCAGCGACCAUGCUCCCGUUCGGGUACCAGUCGGAGCAAGAUAUCAAAGAUGGAGCACCUGAUCUAUCCGAGUUCGGCGACGACGUUUACGACCUCAAGUUCAGUCUGGGAGACGACCGCCCUCCGACGAGCGUGGCGCUGAGAGAGGAGCACCAGCGCGCGAUCCUGUACCAGCAAUGCACCCACGAGGACUCCACGCUCGCAUCCAUUCUGCUGCGCCCGUGGCCGGCAGCUCUGGGCGCCGCCAGGUUCGGCUUCGGCCGCGCCGACGACGGCGCCGUGAACACUGUGCGUCGGGUGUACGUGAAGACGGCCAACGACCGCAUGCUGAAGCCGGAGCAGCAGGAGGCGAUGGUCCGCCGGUGGCCGCCGAGCGAGGUGGCGGCGAUGGACACCGACCACAGCCCUUUCUUCUCCGCCCCAGAGCGCCUCUUCGAGCUGAUCAUCAAGUCAUUGUGAAUCUCUCAUCUGUAGUAAUCGCUUGUGUUCUUCCAGACUCCAGUGCCUGGUGCUGUCCUGUAUGCCAUGCCAACCAAUAAGUUAUCAUUUAUUUAUCAAUAAAUUAUCUCAAC